CGUGGUGGCGGCGCGGCCCAUGUGACCGGCCCUCCCCGGCCGCCGCGGCUCAUCCCCCGCCCGGCGCAAGUCCCCGCCCGCCUCGCCCCCAGCGCAGCGCCGCGCUCUCCUGCGUGCAGCAGCCGCGCACCGCACCGCAGGCAGCCGCCGCCCGGCACCCGGCGCCAUGGCUUCUGGAGUAACAGUGAAUGAUGAAGUCAUAAAGGUUUUUAAUGACAUGAAAGUAAGGAAAUCUUCAACCCCAGAAGAGAUUAAAAAAAGAAAGAAAGCCGUUCUCUUCUGCCUAAGUGAUGACAAAAAACAAAUAAUAGUAGAGGAGUCCAAGCAGAUACUGGUUGGUGACAUUGGCGAUACCGUGGAGGACCCAUAUACAGCCUUUGUCAAGUUGCUACCUUUGAACGAUUGCCGGUACGCUUUGUAUGAUGCCACAUACGAGACAAAGGAAUCUAAGAAAGAAGACCUGGUAUUUAUAUUCUGGGCUCCUGAAAGUGCACCUUUAAAAAGCAAGAUGAUCUACGCAAGCUCUAAAGAUGCCAUUAAAAAGAAAUUUACAGGUAUUAAACAUGAGUGGCAAGUAAAUGGUUUGGAUGAUAUUAAGGACCGUUCAACACUCGGAGAGAAAUUGGGAGGCAACGUGGUAGUUUCACUUGAAGGAAAACCCUUAUAAAGACAGACAAGUGCCAUCUGGAUCUAAGGAGCUUCCAUUUCUGCAGCUCGUUCAAUUGGAAUAGUAUUAGUCCCCCCGUCCCCUUCCCUCCUCAAAAAAUAAGUCCCUUUCCUACUGCCCCUGAAGGAGAUGUCAUUGUUAGGCAGUCUACCAGUGAUUGCCAUUAGACUGUUUAAUCCUGGUAGUUUUAUGUAGGAUUCAAGGAAUGCUUUCACAUCAUACUCUUAGCCAAAACUGACGUUGCGGGCAUUCCUUGCAACAUGUACAAUGAAUGUGAUAGUUAAUGUGAAUAGUCUAGCAGACAGCAAAGGGUAAGCUAAUUGAAUGCCUUGAAAGUAUUGUCCACUGAUCGGAUGGUAGACUCUAUACAGUAUUACUUACAGUUGCACUUGAUUGCAGUUCCAUGAGGCUCUUGUGCAUCCAUACACCUCACCUGCCUUGACAAGCCUAUUUUUGUGACAUGGCAGCACACAACACUAUGCAUUUAAAGCACUUUUUUUGUAAUAUGUUUGACCUGCCCCUGUCCCCAAAGGAAUGCCAAUUAAGUUGCUGUAACUGUGUCAUCAGAUUAUUGUAGUACCUCAGUUUCAUUCCUGUUACAUGCAUAUCUUUAUAAAUGAAGUAGCUGUUACGAUGCCUUUUGUUUUCCAUUGAAUGUACACUACUGAACAGGAGUAGAAGUUAUCUGUUUUUCUGUGAGUCUUGAAACACUAAAGUUUUGUAAAACAUCAGUCAUGGUGGCAAUUUCUGUAUUAAAAAGAGCCUUAAAUGGAACAUUGUUUUUUGAGAUCAAAAACUGGCCACGUUGCAAUAAAACUUGUGGCUUAUUACAGAACGUUGCCUUGUUUUCAUUGGAAAGUAGAGUUUUUAAGGAUGUUCAAUUUAAGCAUAUUGGAAAUGACUUCCAUGGAAAGUAUUGUAAAGACAGGCGUGGAUCUUACCUUAAUGCAAGUUUCUCAUUCCUCCUAAACGGGAUUUAGGCGCUGCUUUACAAUACUUUUUGGCUCUGUUCUGAUCAUUCGAUAAAGGACCCAAUCCUAGUUUACGUUUCAGGUGAAGAAGCUGCCACUGCUAGAGACCAUUAGUUCCAUGAGACACUUGUGUCAGAGAUGCAAAAACACGAUGCUAAUAACCACGCGGUGUGUUUCCUACCUGAAUGUUCUUAAAGUUCUACACGUCAGAGUAAAAACCUUGCACCAGCUCCUGCAGCUCGCCAUCGUGUUUGGUAAGGCCAUGUAUACUGACAAGUGGGUGCAAAAUACGAAGCUGGUAAAUAACUUUUUGUUUCUGGAAUGUUGCCAUUAAGAGGGACUUGGUACAAGAAGUAGCCUAAAUGAACUGUUCUGCUUGUUGGCUUCUAUGUAAAUAGAACUGGAAAGUGUUUGCCACUACCGAGGCUUGCUCCGGGAACGUGUUUUGGCCGGGAGCCAGAUAAUGCUCUCCUUAUAGAGAAUUUGAUCUGCUCUGUGUGAGCAAUCCUCCGUUGGCCAGAGCUAUUUAUGGCAAACACAUGCUUUUGUAUCUUGUCAUCGUUAUCCACAAAUGGCAAAACUGGACAUGAUUCUCCCGGUAUGCGUGAAAGAGCGCUCUUAGGCGGCCGCUCGCAGCUAAGCUGUGCGUGCUGCUACAAGGAAUGCUUUUUAUCAUUACCUGAUUUUAAACUGAGGGGCUUUUAAAUGAGGGCCCUUUAUGUUCAGUCCAUAGCCCUUUUUUCAACGAGGAAGCAGAUCAUAAUAAAACCAUCUUUUUUUCUUUUUUUUUUUCCCUCCUUUUCCUUUUUUAAUAGUUUGGGUAACCUAAUGUGUUCAGGCUGUCUUGUCCUGUAGAACUUUAAGACUUUGUUUCAGGCUUCUGGCUGUCGCUAUGACUUGCACACCUCAUUGUAUUAGCCAUUCUAUGUAGACAAAACUUUACUAGAAUUUAACUAAAAAGGCAUGAUGACCACUGACUUAAUAAGUGUAUUAACGAGUCUUGGUUUUGUUCUACCGAACUCUCCUUUCAGAUAGCUUUUAAGGUUGAGAAGUAACUGAUGGUAUGCAUGUUUUCUAGGUAAAAGAAACCAAACCUUUUUAUUCCUCAAAAUAGUCUAUUUCUGAUGAUUUGCGUUGUGUGCAAAGCCCAGUUUAAUGUAAAGAUCUACUUUUUGCUUUCUGUUUGACUUGAGUUCAGUACAGUAUGAUGAAAUUACAUUUUAACUGAUUUUUCGCAAGGUUAUCAGUGGUUUCUUUAGAAAAAGCCAAAACUGAAAGUGUUAAAUUUUAAUAAACCAUGUCAAUUUCACUUAAGACAGUAAACUUUUUAAAGCAGUACUGUGUUUAAAUUUAUUGUUUGUCUCUGCUGCAAACAGUCUGGGAAGAUGUCUGUGGCUUCUAAGUUGGCUUUUAAAGGUUAUUUUUCUUUUUAUAAUUAGCUUAAAUGUAUAUUCACUCAGUCUAAGUAGGUAUAAAAUUGAAGCACAAACUGUAUUUAUGUCAGAUUCCUACCAAAACAAGUUUUGGAUCCAAAAGGAUCAGCCUGCCUUCAGUUUGUUCUUGAAAUGACCGACUGACUGACUGAUGUGAGGUCCAAUUCAGAUGGCUUGCUUUAAAAAAAAAAACAAAAAGCAACAAUAAAGUGCUACAGAACUGUUACUGUUUGAAUUAUAAAACAAAUGAGAGACAGCUGGCAUCUGUUCCAAAAGAGUUUGUCAGCUGUUGUUUUCUGUCAUUAUGCAAAAUGGUGAGGGCCUCAUUGUGAUUGAGAAGUGGAGGAAAAUCCUCUGAGUUUAUAUCUUCUCUGUAUCUCUGUGUAGACGUGACUUUUGGGUAUCUUGGCUUCAGUUAUUUUAUUGAUAAAGAGAUGUUAAAUGAAGUUUUCAUGAGAGUAGCUUGUGCAGCAAUGGCAUUUUUCUUCCAAAAAAACCACCCACUUCCAAACCAGCAGUUUUUCUGUUUGAUUUGGUGAAUGCUGGAAGAGGUAUAGAUAGAUGUAUGGGUUCGAUUUCUCCUGAAAGGGGCAAUCGAUCCAAGACUGGGGUGAGCAGAUGAGGUUUAUGCUGUGGCAAUCUUAAAAAUGCAAAGCUUUAAUUGGUAUGAACUUGAGUGGGAUAUUCACUCCUAGUCGGAUCAUUAAAUGGAUGUUGAGUACGUUCAGUUAAAACCCAAAGUAUUUCUCUAUGCAGAUGAGUCUUUUCUCUGCUGUACUGUUCCCUCAGAAUGAGUGACUGACUACAGCAAUUGCCACAAUUUGAUGAUAAGCUUUACUCUCGUAUGCCAAUUCCAGUAUAAACCAAAUUUUCAUGUCUGCCUAUUUUUUAUAAACUUCUGUAAGUUCCCCUUAGUUUGUGGUGGUGAGUUAAUGGUUGUAGAGUGAAAACACGGCACUAACAGUGGAUGAAAGAUCAUCAAUGUAGCACCUGUCUAUAAGUAUUGAAUUUCUUUGAAAUAUUUCUGAUUUUGAAAACCUGGUAUAAAUAAAAUUAAUUUAAACAUC